AUGGCGUCUACUUCCUCCACAGGUCGUCAAUCGGAAAUUAUAAAUGUUUUUUCUGAAAUUGCACCACCAUCUGCAUCUACAUCAGUUUCUGCUACUUCCUCAAGACCAUCACAAAAACGGUCGUGGGAUGUAUUCCUUAAUCAUCGUGGACCUUAUGUCAAACAUACUCUGGCUAGAGCUAUGUACGAUGCCCUCCAUGCCACGGGUCUCAGGGUUUUUCUUGAUUCUGAGGAGACUCAGUUGGGGGACUUCUUGCCUACAGCACUCGAACAAGCAAUGCGUAGUGCUUCCCUUCAUGUGGCAAUUUUCUCUCCUACCUAUGCAGAAUCGCCAUGGUGUCUUGCCGAGCUUUCCUUUAUGCUCAAAUCUGGCGCAACUAUUAUUCCUGUUUUCUACCAUGUUCAGCCUUCCGAUUUGCGAUGGGUGACCCAAGGGAAAGGAAUAUAUACCAAAGUCUUCUUAAAGCAUCAAGAAAACGGUAGAUACAGCUUGGAAAAGAUCGACGAGUGGAAGAGGGCACUCCACAGUGUCUCAUUUUUUAAGGGCGAAAUCAUCAAUAAUAUUGAGUAA